AUGGCGGGACGAUUUAGUGCAUGGGGCAGCUCCCUUCGGCAAAGGCUAUCAUCGCCAUCGCCAUCUUCUUCACGAAGAUUAUCCAAGAUCUCAUAUACGACUUUGCCUCUUGACACGCCUGUCGAAGAGGAGACGUUGGCCUACUAUAAACCUGAGCAUUACUAUCCCAUUAAGAUUGGCGACGUAUACGAGACCCGGUAUCAGGUUACGGGUAAGCUCGGUUAUGGGGCGUAUUCCACAAGCUGGCUAUGCCGGGAUCUCCAGAGCGACCAGUAUGAAGUGUUGAAGGUGUCUACAUCGCUGCCAUCAGUUCCGACCGCAUCAGGUCGCGAGCUUAAGAUCUAUGAGCAUCUAGCCAGAGUCAAUUCUACGCAUCCAGGCCAAGCGCUGAUCCGCGAGCUUUAUGAUUCCUUCGAUCUUCACGGACCUGCCGGGAAACACCGCUGCCUAGUGCUACAGCCAAUGCAUAUGACCUUGUUAGAGAUGAUGGGGCUUAAUCCCAAGCCAUUCAACCUGCCUCUUCUAAAAAUGACGGUGAAGCGUCUGCUUCUGGCCCUGGACUUCUUACACACCGAAGCCAAUGUCAUCCACACUGACAUAAAGACGGACAACCUAAUGCUUAGUCUCGAGGACGAGGGCAUGCUGGCGGACUUUGCGACAGCCGAAGCCGAGGAUCCCAGCCCUCGGAAGCAGAUUGAUCAGUCGCGUGUCAUCUACCAGAGUCGGCGAUUCCGUCGACCGUCUGCAUGUAAAAGUUAUGGACGCCCAAUUCUGUGCGAUUUUGGGGAGGCACGGAUUGGCACUCAGCAGGAGUCCGGGCCCUUUGUUCAACCGCACAUCUUUCGGGCGCCAGAGAUCAUCUUCGAAAUGCCCUGGGGAAGCGCCGUCAAUACCUGGAACCUGGCAUGCUUGAUAUGGGACCUUUUCGAAGGGGAGCAUUUGUUCGAAGAUAUUUUCGAUGCCAAAGGCGGCCACGACCCGUUCAGGCAUCUGGCACGUAUGGUCGCCUUGAUGGGGCCGCCGCCAGAGGAAUUUCAUUCCGCCGCAGUGAAACGACCGAACAGCGCCUGGGUUGCCCAUGAGGAAGCAGUUGUGCCAAUGAUCUCCUUAGGGAGCCUAGAAAAGCGACUCGCAGGGGAAGAGAAGGCGGAGUUCAUUCGAUUCAUGAUGUCAAUGCUGAAGUGGCUACCAGAGGAACGCAAGACAGCGAAGCAGCUGCUCGAGGACCCGUGGUAUUCUGAUAUUCAUGCUUGGCUUUACCUGCUUUCUCCCGCCACAGAUAAGAUCUCUUGGCUUAGCGCCAGCCUCGUCCUAUCCAUCCGCGCUGUCAUAAUACAAGCGCCCAGAAAAAGCAAGCUAGCCACCGAUCGGGGCUAUAUCAAGGCGUCAGAAGUCUACGGCUGA